UUGAUUUUGGUAAGCCCAGAAGGCUUAGAGAACUACAUUGAACAUUACAUUAAACAUUAAACAAAAAUCAUUUCAUAAUAGUGAAAGUUUAAAUUAUUUUGUAAACGAAGCAAAUUUGAUUUUCAAAUGUCGCAAAAAAAAUCGAAUAUUAGCCACCUGGUGAUCCAGUGCAUCGACGCCAUGGAUGGCUUUGCCUCCAAGGAGAUGAUCCUAAAAGCGGUGAGCAAAGCUACAGACAAGAAGUUCUGGAAAAUGGGAAGGCGAAUUGAUGACGCCCUUGAUACGCUAAUCGUUGAUGGUGUGAUCCGCAAACAUAACGACAACUAUUAUUUAAACAUGCUAGAGGAAACAGCAAGUGACAGUCACUGUAACAGUGGCAGUGAUUCAGAUUCAGAUUGAGUUUGGAUUAAGAAGAAUUAGCUGAUAAGCUCGAAAAAUUCGGAUGUAUUCAAAUUGUUGUACAAUUAUUUGCCAUUUUUAAGAAGCUAAAAUUAUAAGUGGCAGGCCUCACUAAAUUCAAACUUUCCAAGUGAAGCGAUGUAAAUUCAUUUCGUUGUUUUGUUAGGAAUACAAUUACAAGGAAUUUUUUAUUCAACGUUUAUAUGUACAAUACAUAAAUAAAUACGAUUCGUUUGCACGUAAGAUC